AUGAAUGAAGAUAUACACGUAUCAGUAGCAAACGAACUCUAUAAAGAGAGACACGUUAUGGAUUUUACCAGUAAAGUUGUUAUUGUGACAGGCGUGAGUUCAGAAAUAGGAGUUGCUAUAGCCAAACUUUUGGCUUUACACAAUGCGGUCUUAUCCUUAGUUGAUAGUGAUGAAGAUAAAUUAAAAGAAGUAGCAGAAUUCUGUGCAGCAGCCAAAGGAAUAAUACCACUCAUUGUGAAAGCAGAUUUAACUCAAGACAAAAGUUGCGAAGAAGUCGUUCAUAGAACAGUUGGCACGUUUGGAAGACUUGACGUUCUCAUAAAUUGUGCUGGAAAAAUUGUUUACAGUUCGCUAUUCGAAGAAAAUAUAGAUUCUUUUGACGAAUUAUUCAUCAAUAAUCUCAGAGUGCCUUUUAAACUCGCACACCUAUCGUUACCGCAUUUAGUCAAAACUAAAGGCAAUGUUGUUAUCUUGAGAGGUGCUCAAAAAUUAGCUAGGAAUGGAUUUUUGGGCUAUUCAAUUAUGAAUUCUGCUAUUGAGAAGUUCACUCAAGUCGCCGCUGUCGAUGUCGCUUCCACUGGAGUGAGAGUCAAUUCUGUGUGUGUAGCGUUAACAAACUCUUUAUCUAAUGAAGUAAAUAUUGUCGAUGAAGAUAAACAAUUUGUGAAUCAGAUGAUAAUAGAUAAUCAUAAUGUCAAUGUAGUACAACCAGAGGAAGUGGCAAAAAUGAUAGCUUUUGUAGCGAGCGGCUUAUGUCCGAACGUAAACGGUGCUAAUAUUUUCCUUGAUGGUGGUGCUAAUUUUAAAUUUUGACCUUGGUAAGCAAAGGCUGUCUGUUUGAGAUGUCGCCUCGUCAUGAAAUAUUCACGCCCAAUCGCUGUUGAGGUUGUAGGCAAAAUCCACUCGAGGUUUUAGGUAAGACACUUAAGUGUGACACUGGAUUUGUAGUCUGGGGGAUACGAACUUGAAUUUAUAUGCCUACAUCCGUUUUUCUUUACGUAUCUGUUUCACUUUUACUUUUUUAUUUAUAGUAAAAUAAUAGUUUUCAUUUCCCUAUUAUUUUCACGUAUAAGAUUCACCUCUUUUGAGCGCCUGAUAUGAAAUUUAAAAAGAAAACUCACUAAAAGAAACAAUACGAACUCAGAAAAGGGAAUGCUGUCAAUAAAAUUUAUCUAAAAAAGUUGAUUUAGAUUUAUUUCGU